AUGGUUGAAAAGCUAGGGUUGGAAGACGUUUUUACUCCGGAGGUGUUUGAGGGACAAACUCGAGUAGAUGCAAAUGAAGCCAUUAAAACAAUAUUUUCGCUUUCUGAGAAGAAUCUGCUCAAAGGAGAAUAUGCCAUUAAUUCAGAGAUCUAUGAUAAAAUUAUGGACACAAUUAUACAGCUCUUCAAUUUCGAUCCAUCGGAUGUUUAUCAGAAGGUACCGGAUAUGGAAAUGUUGCAAUCGAAUGCUAACCUAAAAGCUUUUGAGGAUGAGACAACUUCUGUCGUUUUCUUUUGUGGACCUAAGCGAAAUUCAAUGUUGUCUCAAGCUUUUAAGGUCAACUUUUCUUAUCCCAAACAUGGCCUUUUAUGGAGGGUCCUUAUUUACAACAGUGGCGAUGGGUUAGAAUAUCACCAAGGAUACAAUUCUGGUCCAAGGAAGCAAUAUUCACCAGUGGUGAUAUGUGAAGGUCCUUCCUUUCUCAUGACUCAAGCCUGGACUGAUGCCUCAUUGAAUUUUGGCUAUUAUCGAAAGUUUAUCAAAAAUUUCUAA